CUAUCUUUACCUGAAAGUCAGGCUCGCAAGACGAUGUUCUUUCCUACCUUGUCUCCCAAAUCGAACAGGACUCACAGUGAUGUAGGACUCUUGUGCCCUUUGCCUAGACUGCGAAUAGGCGGCGUGACGAUGAUGCUGCUGCUAAUGACGACGAUGAUGGUCCAGUUCUUGAUUACAAGGUCGGGGUCUGGAAGCCGGUCGGGAUGUUGAGUGACAGAUGGGGAGUGGAAGCCUAUGAUGGAGUCCGAUGGAGGUGAGCAGAAUCACCAGUCAAUAUCAUAGUUACAGAG